AUGGAAGUGAAAAAUGCCAAUGCUGCUAUGCUCAGUAACUUUGAGAUUUUUAAACUGCUGACGGACUUGAAGGAGCAGAGGAAAGAAAGUGGAAAGAACAAGCACAGUAUUGGUCAGCAGAACCUCAACACCAUCAUGUAUGAGACCUUGAAAUACUUGUCGCAGACUCCAUGCAGCAGGCAGAGUCCAGAUAUCGUCAAAGAGUUCCUCACGACAAUGAUGCCUCACAAACUUACAAAAGCAGAAAAGUUGCAGAUACUAAACCACCGUCCGCAAACUGCAGUGGAAAUUCAGCUUUUGGUGGAAGAGAGUGAGGAGCGUCUCUCAGAGGAGCAGAUCGAAGAGUUGAUACAAACCAUCGCUGAGGUUCUUCCCGGAGACCCAGAACAAGAGAAACCCGCCCCCGAAGGAACUGCAGACAAUUCAUGA